UAAUUUGCAACUCUGUUUUUUCAACUUUUAUCGACAAAGAACCAAAAAAGAUACUUCAAUGGCGCAAACUACUGUAACUGUUGUGGCAACCAAACGCGAUGCUCUUGAUCCUUACAUCAAGAUUCUUCAGAAUCGAUCAAACGACAUCGAUGUCUCUUUCUCCUCGUACCUCAAGCCAGACAACAACGAACAACGACAAAAAGAACAUGAAGAUGCUGAGCUAAGCAUAUUCGAAGCUCGAAGUUACUUUAGCGAAAACGGAAGCAACGAUAGAUGCCAGACGAGGAAUCUUAGUGGUCCAAGAUUCUCUUCGGUUUCAUCUGCAAAAGUGUCUUCUUGUACCGUAGGUCACACGGCAUCCUCUGAAGCUAGCUGGAACAGCCAAACCGGUUUGCUCUCUAACAAAAACCGCCAAGGAUCGGACCGAGAUGGACGUGGAACCAGCAAGAAAGGACCCAGAUGGUUUUUUAGACGCAGGGCUUGUCCCUGUUCUAGCUCUAAAUCGGUUCAAGUCCAAGAAUCCAAACCAAGAAUCGCAGUGCCUAAAACCGAUUCUGACCGAGCCGUCUCUAACCGAAUCGUUCAUCAUCAGACGAUAUCUUCGCCUGAGCCAAUAAGAUUAACGAUCCCUUCAAACACUGUGACUAGGUCCAUCGAUUACACCGCAAACAGAGAAGCUACAGCUCCAGUUAGUAAAUUUAGCUUCCCAACUCUAAAGGAAACUACACAAUCAUCAGAGAAACCGGCUCUUAACCCGAUCAAACCGGGUCUAAAUCAAAUUGAACCGGCUUUGCAUCCGAUUAAACCGGUUCUGAAUCCCACUAGUCCUAAGGGAACCAUCAUAGCUGACGAGGAAGCCACGAGCGACGCUAGCUCCGAUCUCUUUGAGAUAGAGAGCUUCUCUACUCAACCAACAGCUCGUCCAUGGGUCCAACCCGCAUCCCGAGACUCGAUAGACGAGACCAUGUCCGAGUAUGGAUACGAGCCGAGUGAAGCGAGUGUUACAUGGAGCGUUAUGACCGCGGAGCCAGCCUCGGCGGUUGCGGCUAACUUAUCCAGAAUUGGUUUGUCGUCGUCUUCGUCGCUUGAGUUUAGCGGUUGCGAUAAGAAGAGAACCGGGUUGCUGAGCUGUCGUUAUGAGAAAGCCGUUAUGGUUAGCAGCGGUCAGCGGUUGGUGCAACCGCUUAAGAGCGUUAGCGUUCAGAACGAUGUCACGGGGAAGGUGUUGUCCAACAAUGGCAGUUCGAAACAAUGCGUGACAAAUCGAGAUAUGCUAGAUAACAAAUCUUCGUUCUUGGUUUAGGUCCGGUUUAGUCCAACUAUGUGGUGUUUUAGGUGCUUCUCGUGUAAAACUGCUCUGUUUUUUUUUUUGUUUUUUUUUUUUCUUUUCUUGUUUCGGUAUGAAAGAUUGUGUUGUUGUGAGGUACUCAAUGUGUCCUCCUGUAUGAUGAGACACUAAAUUUAUCACGCUUUUUUCAAUAACUGCCUUGGGGUAUAACUUAAA